AUGAUUUUGCAGACAUUAUGCACUCGUCAAACAAACCUAAGAAAAUUCAUCGACUGCCGGUAUUUGAGCUAUUAUAUGAAAAGACCAAAUCCAUGUUCAUCACAUCAUAGUAAAAAAAACGAUUAUUAUUUACAUUCAUUGAACAGAAAUGUUACAUCUGUUUCCUCAGUAACAUUUCCUUCUUGGUUUAUGGCAUUGUCAAACAGUACACCAGUAGCUUAUGCCCAACAAUUUAUAAUUUCAUUUCAUGAAUUUACCGGUACGCCUUGGUGGGCUACAAUAAUGCUUAGUGCUGUAACUCUGAGAUUAGUGAUAACUCUACCACUGACAGUGUAUCAACAUUAUAAUAAUUCAAAAUUGGAAAAUCUUUCUAUUGAAUUUCAAUCAACAGUAAAAGAAAUACAAAAAGAAGUAGUUAAGUCAUUAAAAUUGAAUAAAUGGCCAGAAAAUAAAGCUAAACGUGUUUAUAACAAAGCUGUAAAAAAGUAUUGGAAUGAAUUAAUAGUAAAAGAAAACUGUCAUCCUGCAAAGUCAACAAUUGUAGUUUGGGUACAAUUACCAUUAUGGAUUUGUAUGUCGAUAGCAACUCGUAAUCUCACAUUAAUGUUACCACCAAGUGAUGAUGCUGUUGCUAGGUUUUAUGAACUAACUGAUGGUGGAAUUUUAUGGUUUACAAACUUAACUGCCAUAGACCCAACUUUGUGUUUACCUCUAAUUAUGUGUCUAUCAAAUCUUUUAAUUAUUGAGGUUCAAACACAAUCCCGAAACAAAGAACCAACACGUAAUCAAAAAAUUAUAACAAAUGUCUUUCGAGGUCUCACUAUUAUUAUGAUGCCACUUUCAUGUUUUCUGCCAUCAGGUGUGAGCUUAUAUUGGACCGCAUCUAGUAUUUAUGGUCUUUCUCAAAACUUAUUCUUAUUGUCUCCACAAGUACGUAAAUGUUUUGGAAUUCCAACAACACCUUACAACAAUGAACAUCCAUACAAAUAUAUAUUACAUAAGACUAAAUCUAAGUUAAAAAUGUCUUGAUUGCUGUUAUUGUAAUAAUUAUUUUCUGGAAAUAAAGUUAUUAUUUAUUAGUAA